CAGAAGUGCAACAUCCAAAAAUAAGUAAUGAUUAAUUUGGGUAAAAAAAAUCUCAGUUCCAACCACCACAUGUACCGUUUUGCUUUCUCCAUUGCCUCCAAAGCUCGGAUUGCUAGGAACAAUGCUCAUCAGGUGAAGAUGGAGUAACUGUUGCUAACUGCUCAUCAAGAAUAUCGGCGCCAGUCUUGUAAAGCAGGUUGCAAAUGCUACCAAUGAUGUGGCUGGUGAUACUUUAAAGUUAAAUAUUCACCAUUGAUUUGGUUUUAUCCCUAGGAAAUGGUAUAGAUGAUGAAAGUUAUAUCUAAAUACUGUCGCAUUUGACAUACUGAUAUUGUGCAUUUGUCUUAUUAUGACCAAGUAAGUAAUGAGUGCUCUAAAUUGAAUAAAGGUUUGUUUUUCCAAUCGACAGGUAUGAGAUAUACUUUUUUGUUCUUAGGUACCUUCAAUCUUUGAUUCAUGGUUUUGCUUAUUUGAUUUGUUUUCUCAUUAUCUUAGGUAUGUGCAAUCAAAGCCCCUGGUUUCGGUGAAAACCGGAAAUCUGGUCUCCAGGAUCUCGCUGUUCUCACGGGAGGUCAACUUAUCACUGAAGAGCUCGGCAUGAAUCUUGAAAAAGUUGAUCUUGAUAUGUGUGGCUCUUGCAAAAAGGUAUCAGUUUAGCUUAAGUUGAUCUCUACAGAAUAGGUCGGCAAUAGAAAAUAGCACUUCAGAUUAUGACAAGGAAAAAUUACAAGAUUAGCCAAGCUUUCUUGGGGUGUUGCGGUGCUUAAGAUUGGAGGAGCCAGUGAGGCUGAAGUUGGUGAGAAAAAGGAUAGAGUGACAGACGCCUUAAAUGCAACUAAGGCACUAAGGCAGCUGUAGAGGAGGGCAUAGUACCUUACCCGACCCAUGAACCAUUACUGUAACGAAAAUAAUCAGCCGGCCGGGGCGUGAGAAGAGCGCCGCUAUUAUGACUUCACAAUCUGUCGCGUGACCCUAACAACCAUGGUUGAGGGCAUUUAAGACAUUUUACUUUGCAUAUACUGUUGCUCGCCGCUUGUGACUACAUAGACCGAAAUGCCUCGAAGGGCAAGAAGGCAUGAACAACUCAGAUCUUGGCCCAUUACAUUCUCCCCUUUUGCUCGUGCUCUUGCUCGUAUGGCUCCCGUUUCUAUGCCAAAGCGUCAUUCCGAAUCCAUUGAAGACCCCGCCUCUUCCUCUGCUAGUAAUGGAUUCAUCAAGCAUCCCCUUGAAGAAUCUGAGUCAUCUGACGGGGAGUUUGAUGGAGUUGUUCAAGCAGAUUUUGCCUUUUUUGAUCCUAAACCCAAUGAUUUCCAUGGAGUUAAGACCUUGCUGCAAACUUACCUAGACGUUGAAGAAUGGGAUUUGAGUGGCUUUGUAGACUUGAUUUUGGGACAGACCACUGUAGGGACUGUUGUAAAGGUAGAGGAUGAUGCUGAUGAAGGAAUAUUCGCCCUUGUUACCGCUCUUAAUUUAUGGAGGUAUAGGGAGCAAAGAUGUAUUAUGUCAUUCAAGGACUUUCUUCUCCUUAAAGCAUGCCAAGAGAAGGGCAUUGCUGAUCAAUUGAGAUUACUUUUAGGGGAACAAGCACAUAACGUGGGUAUCCUGGUAUCACAGCGUGUGGUGAACCUUCCUCCCCAGCUUUUACCACAUCUUUAUGAUUCUCUUUUUAACGAAGUGUCAUGGGCCACAGAAGAUGAGCCAACGGAGGACCUCCGGAAUUCCUUCCAGUUUAAGCAUUAUUUAAUACUUAGCAAAAUUUACAAGCACAAGAAUGCAGAACAGAAAAGGAAACUGGGUGAAGAUAAUGAUGAGGCGAUUGUAUAUGUAAAGCCUGAGGAUGAACUUUUUCACAAGUUAAGCUCGUGGUCCUUCUGUUUUCCUUUGCGCACUCAGCAGCCUGCACCUCACGAGUUGAAGAAUUACAAGUCAAUGGGAUUAAUUAUGACUGUUGAGGCCGACAAAAUUCCUACGUUUCGUCAACAAAUAGGUUAUCUAAUAAAUGAAAGCUGAAUCUCUAUCAAUUAUUUAAGAGAAUGUUAAAACUUUCUGAAGUUACCGGCAAUUUUAAGCAUAUUCUUUUUAAUACGGGAGAUUUGCUUUGCUGAACAUGAGAUCUCAAACAUACCGACAGAGUCUAUUACACAGCCCAAACCUAGCCUAUUAUAUUGGUCCAUAGACUCGUCAAUAAAGUCCUAACUCACAAUCUCUAAUAUUAUGCCUUUUAUUGAAAUAAAAUUUUUAAAGUCCCAA